AUGUUGAAUAUACCUUUCACAAAUAGUUUAUUUCACUUUUCACCAGAUGUUACUGAAUACGUUUGCGACUUGAUAAAAUCCAAUUUCAAUAAAUUUCGACCAAACAGUAGCAACCAGGAAGAAAAUCCUGAGCAUCAACUUCAUGAGCAAUUUGUAGAAACAAUACUAGUUUCGCUUCCGAUGAACGCAGUUAGUAGCAACAGUGAUAUUUCUGCACUAGUAGAUGCACUGUCAGUUUUAAUGAAUAGCAACAAUGCAUCAAAUAGUACCAAGCAAGCUGCCGUUUAUGCUCUUGGUUUUAGCAACGCCGACAACGCAUUGUCUACUUUAUUAAGUAUCAUUAAAUUUACCAUCACGGAUUUAUCAAGUAAUUCACAUGGUUAUUCCGAUGAGAUCAUGAGUAGUACUAUCAGCUCAUACUGCUACAGUGCAUCCAAUAAGAAUUAUGACAUUUAUCAAAAUGGAGAAAUAGAGACAUUACUCAAAUUGCUUCAGCACUCGUCGGCGACUAUUUCGAUCGCCACACGACAUGGCCUUGGACGUUUACUUGAUAUCACUAGUUUGAUGAAAGUAUUUCAAUCGAAUUAA